AUGAACCAGCAGACUAACUCUUCGCAGGCCGCAAAUUGUGAGUGUAUUCCUAUUAUUGACUUGUCGGACAUAGACAGUCCACAUUUCAAGGAUCGCCGAAAGCUCGCACAAAUAAUCUACGAUGCUUGCACCCAGGUUGGAUUCUUCUACAUUAAGAAUCAUGGGAUUCCAGAGGCCAUGGUGAGCGACAUUCACCAUGCAGCAGAGCUAUUUUUCAGCCUCCCAGAAGAGGAAAAGAUGAAGGUCUAUAUUGGAAACUCCCAGAAAUUUCGUGGAUACAGCCCCAUAGGCGGCGAGAGAUCUACAGGCACCGAGGAUGAUCCCGUAGCGGAGGAAGAGGCUGUGGGUGUUCUUUCAGAAGCAUUUGAUAUUGGAUACGAACUAGCCUUAGACUCUCAGAAGUUGAAAUAUGCUGUUCUACCUUCAGAUACUUACGGACUCUAUGGAGAUAACCAAUGGCCUAACGAGGAGACACUUGCCGGAUUCUCGGAAACAUAUAUCAAGUAUUGCGGCAGCGUUCUCGAUCUUUGUCGCAAGAUGAUGAAAAUCUUUGCUCUUGCACUUGAGUUGCCGGAAACAUUUUUUAAUUCCAGCAUCCAGACCCCAGGGGUGACUUCCAGAAUGAUCCAUUAUCCCGCCCAGCCAGCGAACGGUGAACCGCGAGAGGGACUUGGAGCUCACACCGACUGGGAAUGCUUUACGAUUCUCUCUCAAGGAAGGGUGCCCGGCCUACAGGUUCUCAACUACAAUGGAGAAUGGAUCUCAGCGCCUCCAAUCCCAGGAACACUAGUGGUCAAUAUUGCCGACUGCUUGUCGACUUGGACAAACAAGAAAUUCAAGUCAACAGUUCAUCGCGUGACUAAUCUGUCAGGGGAGGAACGCUAUUCAAUACCCUUUUUCUUUGGUGUUGACUAUGAUGCCACGGUGUCGGUCUUAGAAAAAUAUACAUCGGACAGGGAUCCACCAUGCAGAGCACCUUUCAAAGCUGGUGAUUAUAUUCGUGAAAAGAUGACAAGAGCGAGGAACAAGGAUACAGCCCAAAUAAAGGCCAACCUUGCCCAAGUUAUGUCCUCCCAAGGCAAAGUACAUCUCGCUAGAUUGGCCUUUCUAUGCCGAUUCGAGGAUGAUACUACUGGUACAGCGGAUGAUAUCGCUACAAUGUCCUAUCUUUUGAAGGACAUUUUCAAGUUUAAGAUCAAGAUUCACUUGAUCCAGAAAUCCCUUGUCAAUACGACCGUCCUACUUGCAGCAUAUGUCCCAUUCAUUGAACAGAACCAUCACCCGAACUAA